GGACGAAAAAGGGGCUAAAAAGGACGUAUAAGGACAGAAAAGGGCAAAAAGGGUCUAAAAAGGACAGAAAAGGAGCUAAAAGGGACAGAAAAGGGCUAAAAGGACAAAUAAGGACGAAAAGGACAACAGAGGACAAAAGUGGACAAACAGUUUUUGAAUGAGAUCAAAAGCCAGUGAGUGGACCCAAGUUAAUUCGUCAAGAAACAACUAAGAGAUUGGUCGACAUAGAAUCGACUUGGAACAAAGAAAACGGAUUUUUCCGAAAUGAUGUGGAGAAGAUGAGCGCGGAGGUGAAGCAGGAGGUCAUCGCCUCCGAGAGGGUAGGAAGCCCUCCGGCGGCGGUCGCUUCCUCGCCGGGUCCAGGCGACCCAAAUCGUCAUCUACCGCCAUUCAGCAGUUUCACCGGCGACAGUUCAAUGGAUAGUUCAACAACAUUGACAACAUUGCACUCCCAGGACGUGGGCCUGGGUCUCACAGCCUCAUGGGACUACUAUGAGGGCCUCACCGGCCGUUUAAUUGACGCACGUGGUGAAGUUGUCAGUGGAUUGGUGCCAGUUGGGCAGUAUCGACCAUGGGAAUCGAAACACGGCGUCGGUGGCGGUGGUCCCGAGGGCCUUCCAAGUUUUGCCAGUCAAUUCACAGCGCCCAGUGAAUCAGAACCACAAUUGACGGCCUUGACGCCAUUAUCGCCGGCCUCCAUAUCCCACUCGCCACCCGUCACCACUGCCGUUGGCCUCCCCAGUUUUCACACUCUUGGGACUCCAAUUCCCGUUCCACAUCCACAUCGCGCCGCCGUUGGUUAUCCACUCGUUCCCGCUCCAAUUCAGGCCCGCGAGGUCCCAGCCCUACAACAACAAUUACUCGACGAACGGCACAUACAAUUGUUGGGCUCGAAUCCAGUUCAGGCCUUUCCCCCACCACCCGGUCAUCCACAUCACACGGUUCUCACUGUGGUGAAGCCCGACUAUCCCCAAUUGCAUCAUACCAAUUUUCAAAAUCCAAUGUCCACGGUUUUGGAUAAUUCGCCAACGUCGAGGGUUAUUGGAAUUGAUGGGAGGAAGAAGGAGAGGAGAAAAAUUCGCGCUGGCUCAAUGGAGAGUGAGGAUGGUGGUGGUGGUGGUGGUAAUGCGGAGAGUUCGGGACAAGUUGCGGCCGUAUCGAGUACGGCGAAUCGUGGACAACAUCAUAUGGGUGGUGGACUUGGUGAUAAUGAUGGCGAUGGUGGUUUGGGUGAUAAGCCAGCGAAAAAGAAGAGAAAGCGAUGCGGCGAGUGUAUUGGUUGUCAACGUAAGGACAAUUGUGGAGAUUGUGCGCCAUGUCGGAAUGAUAAGAGUCAUCAGAUUUGCAAGAUGAGGAGGUGCGAAAAGCUGACGGAGAAAAAGCACUUGUACAACAUGCAAACUGGCGAGGGAGCAUUCAGAGAAAGGGGCAGAGGUCGAGGAAAGGGUGCAACAAGGAGUUAUAGAAAAAUUGCACGACAAGUUAGUACGCCGGACAGUGCGCCGGCGGGUCUAGGAAGUCCGCAAGCAGGAAUUGGUGGACUGCCUCAUCAGCAGCAGCAACAGCAACAACAGCAGCAACAACAACAGCAACAGCAGCAACAACAACAGCAGCAACAGCAACAACAACAACAAACACAACCGGCAAUACAUUCCGAUCCAAUGCAGGCCAAGGAUCAGCUUAAUCCACCGAGUCAACAAACGGGUCUCAGGAACGGAAAUACUGCCGCUCCGGUUGUCUCCAUGUCGCCGGGUGUGAUGCCAUUCUAUGGUGAUAGUGGAACGGGUUUCCGACCUGCAGCCGGUUUUGGAAAUACGGUUUGGCAUCAGGGAGUGGGAACAGUGACAGUUGAAGCGACACCAACAACAUGGCCGCCGCAACAGUUUAUUCAACAAAUCCCAGCGUCGAAUCAAUUGGAGGAAUUGAGGUAUCAUCCGCAGUAUAGUGCCGCGACGCCCUAUCAUCCCCAACCGGUGACCUAUCAACAACAAACAUUCAUAACGACCGAUCAGUCUGCAUUCCAACGGGCCGGAUCAACGGGCCAAUAUACUAUUACCGGACAGCCAUCGCCAUUGGCAACAGUCGCCCCGCAGAAUACCACAACCACCCCCCAGAGACCUCUUAACGGUCAAUUUAUGGAACCAGCCGUCACUCCGGGUCAAGUCGGUUACGAAAGACAGGAGUAUGUCAAUGGAUAUCAACAACAGGACGUGACUAUGGCACCGCCACCAGCGACAACACCCACCAGUCGCAGCAGUUCCGUUCACAUGGACUCUCAACCUCAGCAGCCUCAACAGCCAUCCUCAGACACACAGGUUGUGAAAGGCUUCGCGACAAUCGCCGCCAAUAAUGUGUCGGGAAACGAGAUGCCUGGGUAUCCACUUCAACAGGGCCCACAGAGUUUACACAACUCUAACGGAUAUCCAGGCUAUCAGGAAAUGGGUCAAAAUCAGUGGCAAGAGCGUACCGAAACUCGCCACAUUUGGUCCGAUAAUAACCAAGAUGGCAAAAACCCCUGGUCGGAAAGUGAUUUACAAACCUCGGCAAAAGAAAGAACCGAUAGUCACAUGAACUGGGAGAGUUCGGAUAAUUCCCACAAAGACAAUUCCCAAACAUGGCAAAAUCCCCGGCUCACUCCGUCCCAACAACAAGCUUGGCCCCAACACUCGCCGAAACUGCCCGAACAUCAAAACACCCAAAGAAUUGGGUCUUGGCCGCAGACCACCUCUGCCCAGGACCAAAACUCCGCUCAAAAUUCAAGACUGACACCUUCGGGACAAUGGCAGCAACAGCAGCAGCAGAAGGUCGAACAAAAUCCCCGACUGACGCCAUCGAAUCAAAUGACCUGGCCCGACACGCCUACUAGUCAACCCAACUGGUCACCGAACAGCAUGAAAAGCGACGGUGGUCAACAGCAACAAUGGGACUCCCAACCGAGUCCCAGGCGAACCCCCGGCGCCAAUCCCCCCUGGCCCGGUCAAUCCACCCCCCAGGAGGCCAAACUCGAACAAUGGUCCCCCCGAUCCGCCGAGAAUCCCUCCUGGGCACAACAAUCCUCGAAACAAGAAAUGCAGAACUCUGGCGAGAGAAUCAUUUGGCAGGACUCCAAGAACGGGUUCGAUAAUCCGGAGGAGUACCCAUCCAAUCAGCGCGUCAAUCUCAACAGUCGCCUCAAGUCCAUGAUCCUCAACAAACAACACCAACUGCAAAAUCAGCCCGGUAGGUUGCAGAAUCAAAUAACCAUUCAGGGUCAACAGAAUCUGCAAAGCCAAAACCAACUGCAGAACCAAAAUCAACUGCAAGGCCAAAACCAACAUCAGAACCAAAAUCAACUGCAGGGCCAAAACCAACAUCAGAACCAAAAUCAAUUGCAAGGCCAAAACCAACAUCAGAACCAAAAUCAAUUGCAGAGUCACAACCAACUGCAGAGUCCGAACCCGAUGCAGAAUCAAAAUCAAAUGCAGAGUCCGAGCCCAAUGCAGAACCAAAAUCAACUGCAUAGUCCGAACCCAAUGCAGAAUCAAAAUCAACUGCAGGGCCAAAAUCAAAUGCAGAACCAAAAUCAAAUGCAAGGUCAACAAAACCAAAUGCAAAGUCAGCAGAACCAACUGCAGGCACAACAAAACCAGAUGCAAAGUCAGCAGAACCAACUGCAGACACAGCAGAACCAACAACAACAAUCACAACAGCAAAAUCAGAUGCAGUCGCACCACUUGCAUCACCAAGUGAGAAGUCAACACACCAACGGAAGUAGUAAAGAAUUUCCGAACGACGAUCGAGGGCGGGAUUCGCACGAGAACGAAAAACUGCAGGACAAACGUGACUACAAUCCGGGAAUGAUGAGUGAAUCAAUGACCGGUAAUUUUUUAUUGCAUAGCCACCACCAUCGGGUCGAUAAAUUGCCCGACGGUGGUGGCUUAUGGGAGUGGACUGGUGGCGGACCAAUUAAUCCAGUAAACGAAACAUACAACCCCGAAACUGGAAAGAAACCCACGGAAACUGGUUCCAAAAGUCCAGAAAUCUACAAUACAAAUCGGAUAAUAAAAAUCGAAACAGACCCAAAUGAGGACGGAGAAACGUGUCACAAUCAACUGACAAAAACUAUCAAAAUUGAACCAGAGCAAAUUCGUGAACAAAUUGGAGAGCAAAUUACAGAGCGGACGUCGAAUUGGAAGAACAACUUUUGUCAACAGGAAGAAAAAUCGGAUAGUGAGAUUAAAACGGAAGAAGCAAAUAGUCCGAAGAGUAAUACUACCUCGACGAGCACAAAAUCGCAAGAUCAGCUGGAGAAGAUCAAGAAUAAUGUGAGGACGGAAGUACCCGACUGCAGCUGCUUCCCUCCGGAUAAAUGUCCACCGGAACCUGGAUCGUAUUACACACAUCUCGGUGCGGCAGCCAGUCUUCAAGAACUGAGAAACGACCUGGAACGACGCACCGGUCUCAAGGGUAACGCUAUUAGGUUCGAAAAGGUCAUCUACACUGGGAAGGAAGGCAAAACGACGCAGGGCUGUCCGAUGGCGAAAUGGAUUCUUCGUCGGUCUGGAGUGGAGGAGAAGAUUCUGACGAUUGUGAAACAUCGACAAGGUCAUGAGUGUGCUACCGCUUGGAUUGUAGUUGCGGUCGUCGCUUGGGAGGGUGUUCCCUCCCACGAGGCUGAUCGGAUCUACUCUCUACUAACGCAAAAACUCAAUCGAUUUGGUCUCCCAACAACCAGACGAUGUGGCACCAACGAGCCCAGGACUUGCGCCUGUCAGGGCCUCGAUCCCGAUUCCUGUGGCGCGAGCUUCUCCUUUGGAUGCUCCUGGUCCAUGUACUACAAUGGCUGCAAAUACGCUAGGAGCAAGACUGUCAGGAAGUUCCGGCUUUCCGUCAAAUCAGAGGAGCAAGAGGUGGAGGAGCGGAUGCACGUGUUGGCGACUCUACUGUCGCCGUUGUAUCUGAGCCUGGCUCCGGAGGCCUUCAACAAUCAGACGCAAUUCGAGAGAGAGGCCAGCGACUGUAGACUGGGUUUCAAACCCGGAAGACCAUUCUCCGGGGUGACGGCUUGCAUCGAUUUCUGCGCCCAUUCGCAUCGGGAUCUGCACAACAUGAACAACGGUUGUACGAUCGUUGUGAGCCUAACAAAACACCGAACGCUGUCGAAACCCGAGGACGAACAGUUGCACGUCCUGCCAUUGUACAUCAUGGACGAUACGGACGAAUUCGGCUCCAAGGAAGGCCAGGAGGAGAAGAUCCGCGCCGGCGCCGUCGACGUCCUGAACAAAUAUCCGUGCGAGGUUCGAGUCCGGUCGGUGCCCCUCCAGCCCUGUAGACGACACGGAAAGAAGCGGAAGGAAGAGGAACCGGAGACCGUUCACAAGAAGGAAAUAUUGAAGAACUUCCCCGAACAUCAAAGACGGGAACCACAGAUCCACAUGGAGAUGAAUACGGAAUUCAUCGGGAUGGAGAGUUCGAGAGUAAUGGACGCCCAGUUGCAGAGUUCCCACGUCUCGUCCACAGUGCUGGACAGUCCGGUCUCCAUGUACCAAGGCUGGGGCUACCAGAACGAUCAGCAAUGGAACCGCAACUGGAUCGACCAGCGAAAGAACAAUUGGCUCAAUCCCUGGAACGAGUACCACUUCGGUGGUUUAGAACGGGAAAUGAAAGUCGUACCCGACAGCACAAGUCUAGAUGACACCAGACCCAGAAGCCAGAACACCGAAUCCGAUUAUAGAACACCCCCGCGGACUGUAAACUCAACACCGGAAUCUCAAGUCCUUUCGCCAAGAAACCAUCCACCACGAGGUGGGACCCCGGCGUCUUUUUCCAGCUCCGGCUACUACUCCAAUCCACUUUCUAAUUCUUCCUCUCAUAGUAACGCUUCACUUCCAAAUGAGUUGUACAGUCCGAAAGGUUUUCCCGAGCAGCAAAAAUUUACUAACACUCCAAGUUACCCGGACGUUAGGGGUAGAAUUGAUUAUCAAAAUCCGUAUGAUCAGAGAACAGUGAAAAAUACCGAAGGGUUCCGCAACUUCGAGGGAAGUACUGGGGGAUUCUUAACUAAGGAGAGACCAGUCGACCCACCGAGGGAUUAUCAACAAAACCAGUAUUUACCAUCCAUUUACCAAGUACCGCAAAAUCAACUUCCAAUCGAUGGUACGAAGACGAUCGAUCUCCAUCAUCCAUUCGCGGAUCCGAUCAAACACACCUGGACUGACGGACGCCAGAGUUCGAUGCCAAGGGAGAGUCCAAAAUGGCAUAAUCAGAUAGUCCAAGAGGCGUCGCCCUUCCGGGUUCCUAAAGGAAGACCACCUUCCCGAACCACUCCGAUUGCGGACACGAACAUAUUUCCGAAUCCGUUCGUCAAGACUUUUCUAAAACCCCAAGAACCAAGACAUCCACAAACUCCGGAUGUCCGGGAGACGAGACCGGAGAAUCCCUGGGUCACAUGGCCGCAAGAACCGGAAGUAAAGGACUUCCAUCAUCCAAUGUCCGGUUUGCGACCCUUUCCACAUUACGGUUACCCUGUCUUCGAAAAAACCUACCCUAACUUUGAGGGUUACAACUAUCAUCAUCAGUACCAUCAAACGGAGUAUACACCACAAUUGUAUCAACAAAAGCGGGAGAACUACCAUCCUUCGUAUCAAGUACCGCAAGGUGUGCCGCCGCCAUAUCAUCAGGGUUUAAAUCCGUCCUGGCGUUGGGAGAAACCUCAAUGGGAGAUCUACGGUCCGCCAUCGUAUUUUCCAGUUCUUCCUGAUCCACCGCCAAAGGCCGAGCCACUUGGCGAAGUUGCGGACUUCUCCGACAAUGAGGAAUGCUUCAAGGACGCACAAAUGGGCGGUGUGGCCAUUGCCCUCGGUCAUGGUAGUGUUUUAUUCGAGUGUGCUAAACAUGAAAUGCACUGCACUACGGCUCUCAAGAAACCCAAUCGACUGAGUCCAACGAGAAUCAGUUUGGUGUUCUAUCAGCAUCGAAAUCUCAAUCGUGGUAAACACGGUUGGGAGGAGUGGGAGGAGAAGAUGAGACUCAGGAAAUUGGGAAUUACCAGUACAAGUGGUACGACGUCGACUACCAACGUUCAGACGACGACUACCGUCUCCAGUCCCGGAGUAUCAUCAGGUGCUGAUAAAAUUACAAAUACCGAGUCAAUGCUGAGGUCUUCCACCAGCACCACAAUCACCUAAACGACAAAAUAAUUUCCAAUUGCAACACUGCAUAAUAACCGAAAAGUGCCAAGAACAAAAGGAAGCCAACGCGGCUCAAAGAAGACGAGAUCUAGUCAACAGUGAAUUAAACAAACAAAAAAAUCAAAAAAAGAAAAAUCGACUUUUCCUCAUCAACUAUGGAUUGAAAUUCUCCAAAACAAAAAAAAAAAUUGUCUCAAUCCAAACUGCCAUUUUUUAAAGAGGUCAUCAUUUUUUGACCUUCGACUCUAAAACUACAUCAUUCCCCCCAAAAAAAAAAUUUCAGGGGCUUCCCAAUUUUUUAUACUCUUCUUUUUUCUAAAGGAAAAAAAAUGCGAAGUCAAAUCAAGGCUUAAAAUCCGCAAAAUCAAUGCGGUUUACACGUCCUGCUCUACUAAGACUUUUUGCGAUUUCUCGCACCCGUGUUUAUAAAUAGCACUCAUCAAAUUUUUCUUUCUUUUUUCAAAAAAAAAAAAAAAAUAAUAUUCUUAGCUAGUCGUCAGGUUCAAAAGAGCGCGUUUCUCGAAAGUGCGCACAAAAAAAAGUCCGAGCCUCCUUAUUAUAAUAAAACUUUUUUGCUCAGUUCAGGAUCGAUAAACCGGAACGAAAAAAAAAAUACUCAUUUUUAAGACUUUUUUU